AAUUUCAUUUUGCUUGAACCGUACAGAAAAUAAAUGCAGGAAUUCAAAUCAUUUCUUAAAUAUUUUUGGCUUAUGUCCAGCUAAUAUUCCUCAAGUGGUGAAAUCAUAUUUUAUACGCUUUCCUUAACAAAUAUUCAGGAGUUUUGAAUCAAGCACAAGAUAACUUUGCGACUACAACGGAUGGUCUUCGAUAAAUUCAAGGUCAUCAAUUCGAGACAAAGAAUAUGUUUCUAAACAUAGAGUACAAUUAAUAUUUAACCUUUCCAAAAAGACAAAGAAACCAUGCCAACAUCACCAAUAUUAGUGUUUGUCGGGCUAAAUAGAAGUGAAAAUACCCCUUUAAAAAAAUAUUGACUAUAUCUCGUGAACGUUGGACAGUUUUUUAACAUGUCCGGUCUAAUGGGUUCUCUAGGAUGACCACC